GGUGCAGCUAGAGGAAUGUUCUCCCGCGAGACCAUCUUUCCCACCUUCAAUAACACAGCUGUGGAUUUGCUGAUCCUGCCCAAAUUCUUUACCUUCUGGUUCUUCUCCCAUGGAUUCUCCGAGCCUCUUCAGGUCCCUCGACCGUUAGACGCCACGCGAGUUGAGAACUCGAAGACAUCGAUGGCGUCGAUCGCCGCGGUCUCGUCGCUGAUGAACGGCGAGCGAGCGGUGGUUUUGCUCUUCGUCCUGCGCGUCGCCUUCUCUCUCCCCCUCUGUCUCCUCUCUCACGGACUCGCUCUCUUUCCCCUUGCCGUCGCCGCCUUCUACGUCGAGAUUCGCCUCGAGAAUUCGCCUUCCCUCCUCCAAUUUAAGACCAGGCUCGGUGCCUCAUCCGGAAUACUCUUGGGUGCAGUUACUCUUCCUACUGUUUUGAUCUCAAAGCUGAUACAGCUAUCUAGAGCAGUAUCAUUCCACCAAGUCAGCUAUGAAGAUUUUGAAUAUUGGAAAAUGCUUUACUGGGCUGCAUCAGUCAGCUCCUUUGGUGUGCUUGUUUUCCUUUAUUCAGCUCUGCAGCAUUCACCUGACAGGGCCUAUCCCCCUUCCUCAAAUAUUCAGUCUAAUUCAAAGCUCAUGUCAUAUUGCAUCAGCCUUUAUGCUGCAUUAUGUUGUGUCUCCCUUGCCAUUAUGUCUAACUUCGGUUUGCAACUUGUGUUCAAUUUAUUUUGGGUGGUUUGUCAUGGAUUUGCAGCGGUGAAACUAAUUAAGCAUCUUCUGAAUACUUUUCCAUCCUGUGCUUCUGUUGGUGAAGCCCUUUUGUUGACGGCCGGGAUAGUUCUCUACUCUGGUGACAUGCUAGCGUGUACCUUCACAAAGGUUAGUGAAAGAUUUGUUUCAUUCAAUUUGGUUUCUCCAUGGUAUUCAACAAACAGAAGUGAGAGGAGCAUAAUCAUCCAGAGCGUGCUUCUUGCUCUUCUUGUUUUUCCACUUGUUUUUAAAUUGCUGCUGCGACUUUGGGAACACCCUUCGACUAUGACCUCCGAUGCAAGGGCACCGACUGAAGCUAGAAGAUCUCUCUUAUUCUUUGGAUCCCUUGCAUGUGUGCUGAUUGUUAUUGCUCCUUCUUGGAUGCAGUUCGCCCGAGAUUUUCAGUCACAUCCUUUUUUAUGGGUCUUUUCAUUUGUUUUUGGGGAACCGAUGAAAAGACUAUCACUGUGUGUCUAUUGGGUGUGUUUGAUAUAUGCAUCAGUUAUCAGGUUCUACAACAUCUCUAAGAAUAGCAAGGUUGAAAGGAUACUUCUCCGGAAAUACUACCAUCUGAUGGCUGUUUCAAUGUUUUCCCCUGCUCUUAUCUUCCAGCCUGAGUUUCUUGAUCUUGCAUUUGGGGCAGCUUUGGCAGUUUUCCUGGUCUUAGAAAUAAUUCGAGUUUGGAGAAUAUGGCCUUUGGGAAAACUUGUUCAUCAGUUCAUGAAUGCUUUCACUGACCACCGCGACUCUGAUCUUCUUAUUGUCAGCCAUUUUUCACUUUUAUUGGGAUGCGCUCUACCGAUGUGGCUGUCCUUCGGAUACAAUGAUCGCCCACUUGUUCCUUUUGCUGGAAUUUUGAGCCUUGGAAUUGGAGAUACUAUGGCGUCGUUGGUUGGUCACAAAUAUGGGGUUCUCAGGUGGAGCAAAACUGGCAAGAAAACAAUUGAGGGUACUGCAGCUGGUAUAACUUCUGUCCUGGUUGCUUGUUCUGCUCUCCUUCCACUUUUGGCAUCUAAGGGUUAUGUUCUGGCACAGCACUGGUUCUCUCUUCUCCUGGCUGUAACUGCGAGCGGUUUGUUGGAGGCCUACACGGCACAAUUGGACAACGCAUUCAUCCCAUUAGUCUUCUAUAGUCUCCUCUGUUUGUAGACGCAGCUUUUUCUCUCUUUCCCGAGAGAUGCACGACGGAAAGCAAGUUUGGAUCAUUGUGCUUGGGGUCGGGCACAUAUUUUGUA